ACAUGGCAAUAUAACACCCUCCCAAAUCUUAGCUUUGUGCCGAGUCGAACCGCUAACGAGUCGUGGUACGACGCUCAAUCUUCGGCGUCGUUUAACAAAGCCAGUUAAUGUAUAGUUUGCUAUAUAUAUUUUUUUUUUCUUACGUCCCCCCCCCAAAAAAUAGACUGAAAUCGACAGACAAUGAAUCGUAAUUGGAGCACAACAACAACAACAAGAAGGAGAAAAAAGCCUGUCCUUCCAGCCUCUAGCUGACAUGCUCCUUCUCUGUUGGGGUAAAAGCUACCACUUGUCUUCUACAGUGUUUAAGCUCAUCUGCCAGCAUGCAAAACGUCACAUUUCUCUCGAUUUGCUGAAUAGACGUAUUUCAAAUCGUGGAAUUUACUAGAGCGUGGAGAUUUCCAUCAAGCAGCUCCUGGGGCUACUUAUUUGACCGUGUUUUAACUGGUAAACAUCGGCCUGUUCUUGGUUAGCUCCGUUGUCGCCUAUUUAGAAACGUCGGACAGAAUUCGUUGACACGGUUAAACAGCGUCGAGACAUAAAUAUUUAUUUCGAUUAGCAUAACAUAAAGACGACUGAAAGAAGGCAAAACCCUUACUCCUGUCUCACUCUUCUUGAAACCCAAUAUCUCCAUUUGGCAACUUUUAAUUUGCUCCCCCCUCCUCCUCCUCCCUCCCUCCUUUCCCACUCAUAUAUUUUUCUCACUGUCCCUGUUCUGUCUCAGAUAUAUUUCUCUCCACUCUCACUCUAUUCCCCCCCAGAAGGAAGGGAGGAAGGAGGUUGUGUGUGUUUUUUCCUUGAAAUUUUAUCACAAAAUUAUAAUACACUCAAAGGGAAACUCACCGUCAUGAAAAAGCAGUGCCUUGUCAACGGGGUUUCCUCGCCAUCACAGCACGGGUAGUCGGGGUAGUGCCGCUCCAGCAGAAGGCAGCAACAUCAGAGCAUUCUACAGAUAGCAUUGCAAUAUUCCAUAGUACUCACAUAGGACAACCAAAUAGUUACUAAACUAUAAAUACUGAAAAACUAUGUUCUACCAUUCAUUAUUUUUUUUUAUUUUUUUUUACUGAACAGAUACUUAAAUUCUCCCAUAUGAAUAGGAAAUUGUUUUACUGUACACUUGGCUAUUAUGAACGGUAGGGGGCCACUAAUAGAUGCCACACCUUGAUGUGGCUGCUUAAAAUGACUACAAAGAGAUCAUCAAAACGAGGGCGUUAUUCCACUCAUACCCUCCAAGGGCAUAUAGGAGGGCGGUAACAGAUUUAAUAAGUAAUCAUAUUCGUAGUGCUGCUCUGUACACCAUGUUUCAAUAAGAGAUUGGGGUCAACUAUGUAUACCGCAAUUCAAUCUAUUGUGGUGUGAAUUCAUGUUGGCCUAUUUUAUUCCAUAUAAUAUAGACCCAUUUCAUAUUUUUGCAAACAGUUACAGCUGUCUCCUUUGGACGAGUGAAGUUAUUCCUUCCUGCAGAAUAAUACAAUGUUACUGCAUAUGAAAGUGAGGUGUGUGUGACAUUGAGGAAUAAAUACACUCUUCUACUGUGAAGGUGGCCCCUGAUAUAUUAUUUAACUAUACUGAGAUUCAUUUUAUAUUCGCCUCGAUUUAAAACCCAGGAAUCCUUCCAUUUGUUUUCGCAGUAGGGCACGAUAGAACAUGGGAAACAUUAUAGAUGGAUAUUUGUUAUGGGUUGCAGAAAUAAUGGUGUAUGAACCUGUGGUUUGGCUGACACCAGCUCUCGUGGGCACUGUGGACUUUUGCGUCUAGGUGAGAGUGGGGAAAACGUAAGAAACGCCGUUCCAUAACCCACCAAUUAAGUAACAGUAUAGCCACAAGAAGGGAGGGAUUUAUCCAAUGAGAAUGCCGUUUGUUACGAAGCGACAUUAUCGCUUCCGCAUGUGCUGAUACAACAACAUAGACGAGAAUAUGGAUGUGGAGAGUGGUAUUUGUCAGGGAAACGGGGACUCUGGGCGUGAGUUAGGCGUGAAGAUCCCCGAGGGGAUGCUGAAACGGGAACAGGAUAGGCUCGAGGACGUGGAGAGAAAGAAAGAGGUGAAAAAGAGCCAGUCUGUCACGGAGGAGAAGAGCGGGUUCUUCACCGCGACGUUCGGCAGCGAAAGGGCGGCUAUCGAAAAGUUACUGGCUGGUUGCUCGGGGGCUACUGACCGUGUCCUGGCCACCAAAACCUUGGAGGAGGUGACUACUAAAACACAACGGCUCCAGAAGUUUCUAAACGACAGCAUUGUGUUUUUACCGCAGUACGAGCUGAGACAGGCACAGGUGGCGCUCCAGAAACUACAGAACUCUCUGACCGAGAAGAGAGAUGAGAUUCUCCCCAAGAAGAAGUUCGCCUUUAGGUCGCGUGCAGCAAAUACACCCAAAGUUGAUCCACCUGUCGCGGACCCAGCGUCACCUGUAACACCUAAGGAUUCUGGCCGAAUUAAAGUGGAUGGAGCCAUAAGCCCCCCAGAGCAGUGCGGCUUCUCCCACUUUGAAUCCCAGGUGCUGACCAAGACAGCGGAGGAGAUCAAACAACAGGAUGUUCUCCUGACCCACCUGACCAAUUGCAAGGUCAGACUCCUGGGAUCCCCAAGCACCGUCCACAUCAAACACGUCCAGAACUGUGAGAUCUUCUCUGGGCCGGUCUCCAGCUCUGUAUUCGUCGACCACUGCACCGGCAGCACCCUCUCCUUCCCCUGCCAGCAGCUACGGACUCACCACACUACUGACACACAGGUCUAUCUGCAUGUCACCAGCCGCGCCAUCAUAGAAGACUGUCAAAGGGUGUGCUUCGCCCCCUUUGCCUGGUCCUACCCGGGUCUGGACCUGGACUUUAAGGUGUCUGGUCUGGACCGGGAGAGGAACAACUGGAACCAGGUGGAUGAUUUUAACUGGCUGGCCAUAGGGACCCAAUCACCUAACUGGUGUGUCAUCCCAGAAGCUGAGAGAAGAACUGAGUGGGACUCCUAGAGACAUAAAUAAAGAGCCUGUCAAUCAAACAAAUGAAGUGUUUUCUUAUUUUCUAGAAUUUAUGUCAUUGGCUUCAACAAUCACUCAGUCCUGAUGGUGACAAAGCCUUAUGCGACUAAUGCUGAUGGGUUGUUUCAUAAUCUCCUGACAGGGUUGACCGUGUGUGUAUUUUAUAUAUAUAUGUGUAUGUGUGUGUUUACGCAUUGCUGCUUUCUCACUACCCUACUCUUGAGCAGUACAAUUAGAAUGUUAACCACAGGUAAUGUCACUAACACAGUUUGUUACACAUUCAUUUAUUAAGAAAGGACCACCUUAGUCUGUUAAAAAUAUAUAUAUAUAUAAUAGCCACACCUUAAUGUUUACAACAUGCAUUUCUUUCACUGUUCUCUCAUCUGUGGAAGUGGUCUUGGUGAGUGUUAGUGUAAAUAAAGGGUUUGGUUGACAAACCAA